AUUCAAGAAAAGUUCAAACCUGUACAAUGGUUUUCAUGAGAACAUGAGUUUCUCGUAACCAUAUUAGUGGAAAAUGUUCUGAUGCGAUACAUUGAAGUAGAUGACAGUAGUGGUUUACUUUCUGUGUUUGCCAGCUAUCCAUUGAAUAAUAAACAUUAAUGUCCGCUCGUAUUGUGUAAUGAAUCAUUUUAAUUGUAACAUUUAUUAAAACGAUAUAAAUCUUUUUAUUGUGACUCGCCUUGUAAGCGUGAAAUCUCUGUAACAUAAAGUAGUUAAAAAUGGCCACAUCGAAAACUACGAACACGUAUAAUAGACAGAAUUGGGAAGAUGCUGAAUUUCCAAUAUUAUGUCAGACUUGCUUAGGUGAUAAUCCAUAUAUACGCAUGACAAAAGAAAGAUAUGGAAAAGAAUGCAAAAUAUGCAUGCGUCCGUUCACAGUAUUCAGAUGGUGUCCUGGUGCAAGGAUGCGUUUUAAGAAAACUGAAGUGUGUCAGACAUGCAGUCGCUUGAAAAAUGUUUGCCAGACAUGUCUGCUUGAUUUAGAAUAUGGUUUACCCAUUCAAGUGCGCGACGCAGCGCUUAAAAUCAAAGAUGAUCUCCCUAGAUCAGAUGUAAACAAAGAAUAUUAUGUACAAAACAUAGAUAGUGAAAUUAGUAAAAUAGAUCCAACAUCACCAGCAGGAGCUGUUGGUAAAUCAGCAGCUGCCAGUGAUUUGCUAAUGAAAUUAGCAAGAACAAGUCCUUAUUAUAAAAGGAAUAGACCACACAUCUGUUCAUUCUGGGUUAAAGGAGAAUGUAAGAGAGGUGAAGAAUGUCCAUACCGUCAUGAGAAGCCUACAGAUCCUGAUGAUCCAUUGGCUGAUCAGAACAUCAAAGAUCGAUAUUAUGGUGUAAAUGAUCCUGUUGCUGACAAACUAAUGCGUAGAGCUGCAGCAAUGCCUAAGUUGGAUCCACCAGAAGACAAAUCUAUCACGACUUUAUAUAUUGGCAAUUUGGGAGAUGUUCUAACAGAGAAACAGUUACGUGAUCAUUUUUAUCAGUAUGGAGAAAUACGAUCAGUAACAAUGGUUCCUCGUCAACAGUGUGCUUUUAUUCAGUACACGCAAAGAAGUGCUGCUGAAGCAGCAGCAGAAAGAACAUUCAACAAAUUGAUACUGGGAGGAAGAAGAUUAACAAUUAAAUGGGGACGGUCUCAAGGAAGGCAAACUGUAUCAGCAGCAGAGGCAACCAGGGAAAUUCUGGAGCCUGUACCAGGUUUACCUGGUGCUUUACCACCACCUCCAGAAAGCAUGGGAAACAAUUUCUUCAAUCUACAAACUACUCCUGGCAUGAUACCACCAAUGAUGAUACCUCCACCACCAGUUGCCCCACAAUUCAUGUUUCCACCUCAAAUGACAGCUGCUGCUGCAACACCAAUCUUCCCUCCAGGAACAACUCCUAUACAUUAUCCGAGUCAAGAUCCAUCAAGAAUGGGUGCAUCGCAAGGCAUAGGAAAGCCCUGGCCCGAAGAAUAACAGUAACAGUGUUUAACUUUUUAAUGAUUAUAAUUAUACCAGAGAAAGCCUGUAAAAAAAUAAAUAC